AUGACGAUCGAAGAGUUUGUUGCAAUAGUAAUUGUGCUGUUUUCGGUCGCUAUAACUACACUGCUCAUUUGUUACUAUUGCUGUGGUGUUACUUGCGUCAAAGAGAAAAAACGUCGUCCGCUGUAUUCUGCAAAUGUGGUUGGAACUGGAUCAGCUCAUUCAGCACUCACACAAAAUGAGACAGUAAUUGAGUUAAUUCAGCAACGAUUACAUCAACAACCAGCAUCAUCAGCAUUGCAUCAUUCCUCAGCACCUCAACACAGCAUCAACCACACAGCUCCUCAGCAUCAUUCUAGAGAACGCACAUCAUCAGAUCCAUAUGCCGGAACUAGAAUACAUCCUCGAAUACAUCAAUUGACAAGAUCAAAUCAAAGCAGACAGAAAAGUCUUGAAAAUAUUAACCAGACCCAAGUCACAAGCACUGCUCAAAGCCAAAGCACUCAACAAGCUAAAGACAACAUUGUGGACUGUCCACCAAGCUACAAUGAAGCCGUGAUCCUGCCAUAA